UCUUCAUCUGUAUUUUUCGGUAUCUCUUGUUGCAUUUCUUUAUUCUUUCGUUGAGUGCCCGCCCCUGUCUAUCGCUGACAUCAUAGUCGGGAACGCGCCCGGGAGCGCGGAUGUUCAUUUCUUUCCCAGUCUCUGAGAUAUUGAAUCUUCGGUUCUAUUGGGUUGCCGGAGUGGUAGCUCUCCGUGCCCCGUACCCGAGAAAUAGACAGCUUAAUCGUACAAAGAAAAUGGCACAGUGGUACCUCAUGCCUCCUUUCCUCUUCAUCUUGGCUUUUGAUGUUCUGAGCCAGGUUUGUGCUCUGGAAGCUGAUACCAGAGAUAAGAAAAGCACACUGCAGCCACCCGACACCAGCAACAAUCUGAAGAGACAUGAUUCUUGGCCAGACCUGCCCAGACCAGGCCGCAAACAUGGCAUACAGAGGAAGGACAAAGCCAACACUAUGGUGACCAGAGUGAUGGAGGGAGACAGACCAGAUGAAGAUGGUGUAGGACUGGAGAGUCUGACACCAGUGCGUGUGGAGACAGACAGUCUAGAAAGAGCAGCCAUGCUGGAGGAGGGAGCUGUGGAUCAGAGUGGCCAGUUUUAUCCCCGAGAACUAGAAAAUUACCGCACAGUGGAAUCUUCAAAUAAAGGGAAAAAACACAACAGAGAUCAGAAGAAACAAAAUCGGAGAGAGCGAGCCCGACACAGCAAGGCAGUCAAAAUAUCAGAAGCUGAGUUAAUCCCAUCCUUAAAGGAUCUAACACAAAGCAAGGUGAUGGAUGACCUUUCCACUAUGCCCCUGCCUAUGUCCAGUGCGAUUGUGACCAGUACAUUGUUGACCACCAUCACAACUGAGGAAGCACCAGCAGUAAAGUCCAAACAGCAAACAAAAGAACAGGCCGGAGCAAGAACUGUCGCCGACGUAAACCCCACUCUCGACAUGACGCUCUUUGAUUGGACAGAUUAUGAAGAUAUGAAGCCAGAUAUGUGGCCUUCAACAAAGAAGAAAGACAAGCGUCGCAGUAAGAAUCUGAGUAAUGGGAACAUCACAUCCCUGGCUGAAGUAGAACCGUGUGAUCAUCACCUCGACUGUCUCCCUGGUUGGUGCUGUGAUCUCCGGCAGCACGUCUGUAAAGCCCAUAACCGUGGCCUCAAUAACAAGUGUUAUGAUGACUGCAUGUGCGCAGAAGGUUUCCGCUGUUAUGCCAAGUUCCACCGGAAUCGGAGAGUGACCCGAAGGCGAGGGCGGUGUGUGGAACCAGAUUCAGUCAAUGUUGAUCAUGGAUCAUUCAUUACGGUCUGAAAGGACUUGACAAAGAAUCUGGUUUAAUUGGUCCAAGCAACCAGUCAAGAAAUAAUCUCAAAGUUAACAGCAGCUAAAAUCUUGAUGAUUCCAACAUAUGCCUAAUAGACCAUGCCACAUUAGAGCUGCCUGAAAUAUAAUCAAUCCCAUAUCAUGCCAUCGACCACCCCAUCCACUGUGAAACUCAUACCCAACACUCCACCACUACAAUAAGUAUUCUUCCUUUUCCCAACAUUGAUCAGUACUAUCCAAGACCCCAUCACUGCAAUCCAAUCAUACCCAAUACUUCGCUGCGACAAUUCUAUUCUCCCACUUGUAAAAUGAUCCCAAAACGCUAUCAGUAUAAUCAAUAUCCAAUGUAUACGGCAAUCAUAACCAAUAUCUCAUCACUCCAAUCAAAUAAACCAAACUCAAACUCUGCUUCCCAUAACUAUAAUCCUAUGCCCUCUCUGGUCCAAUUCAAUAUUUCCCAUUCAUGCCAAAUACUCCAUUAUUGCAAUUCCAUUUUCCUUUUAUACUAUCACUAAUUACCUCAGCACAACAAUCCAAAACUCCUAAUCUUAUUCAAUAUCCUUAAUGCCAAACUAACAUUUCCAUUCAUUCCAACUACCCAGAACCCAAGCACAACAAUGCAACACUCAAUACUAACACCUGCACUUAUACCCAUUACCCAGCACCUAUUAUGACAAUCCAGCAAGCCUUUUUAAAUACUAUCACACCAUCACUACAACUCCAUUUCCCCACUUAUACUCAUGACCUAAUGUCCCAUCAUAGCAAUCCAACAUCCUCUCUUGUAUUCAGUACAGAUUAAUCCCUUAGCCUCUGCUCUUGCCCCACUACCCGAUAAUCUAUCACUACAAUUUAAUAACCUUCAUACAUCACUACUUGUUAUUUUUGAUAGUCUGUUCGUGCCUGUUUUGUCUAAUGUUAAAAUUAACAGUUGUAUGCAAUGUUUUAUAAAAACGAUCUGAGUAUCAUUUAUCAAAAAGGUAGCUAAAACAAACUGCAGUAAUAAUACCUUGAAUCCACUAAUGAUGCAUAACAUUAUGCUGUCAAAACUUACUUCCAAGGAGCCUCACUACAGUAUCCUCAAUCAGCUUCCACCCAAGAGCACCUCCCAUCAGGCAUUGCUCUUCUCCAAAAAACUGCUGCAUCUUUAAUGGUACAAUCACCCUCUGCAUAAACAUCCUCAUUGUAAUAUCGUUGCCAUUUUAAUAGCUUGAGAUACAAAGAGUGCUCUGGGUUACUUUGUCACUUUUUUGUAUCAGUUCAACAAAGGCCCACUAGAGAGCUUUCAUUGUGGCUGCAAUAGAAUCAAGCUUUUAAAGUAAAAUUUGGCUCUGCCUCAGUCCAAACCUGCAAUCAACUAUAAUCGUUGCAUUGUAUGCAGUUAAUCCAGCUGAAACUAUUAGCCUAAUUUUACAUCCUACCCAUUUUGACCAAGCCUCCAGAGAUGCCGUAUCUGCUGGCACCUUUCCCAAAUGACUGUUUGUAAUGUGUGAUCUGGACUUUAUAAUUGAGUAGACUACCUGACUGUGGAAUGCUAUAUUGUUGAGCUCUACCUUGUUCUCAUCUGACAACUGGGGUCCCUGCUGAAUGACAAACACUGGGUUAUCAUCCUCUCCAUAAUCAAAGCAUGCUUGGACCAAGGUGGCGUAGUGAUAAUGGGACUGCACACAUAACAUAAAUCUAUUAAUUCAUGGACCGACAUCAGAUAUCGAUAAUGGUCAUCAUAUUUGUCGAUGUCAUUCCAGGAAGAAAUGCUGCUGCCUUCCCCAGUCUGGUGGCCAAGUGACUUCCAUUUCACAAUAAAUGAUUCACUUAAUGCUUGUGGAAGUGGUCUAACAAAUACUUAGUUAUAGAACAGUCAGAACCAGAAACCAACCACAAUCUCAGCUCAGGCUGAAAUUCAAACAAUAUAAGUGAAAAGCAGAAUUGCCCUUCGCUUUGCUUUUGUUGGUGUUUGAUUGAAGCAUUACACAAAAA